AGCACUGGGGCCGUCGCAGGCCACGCGGAACACCGGUAAAAGCAUCGCCAACCGCAACAUCGCCAACCCCACGGCGGCGCUGCUGGCGGCCUGCAUGAUGCUGGAUCACCUCAGGCUCCAUGGCCACGCCUCCACCAUCCGCCAGGCCGUGCUGGCCUCGCUGGACGACCCCCGGACGCACACGCCCGACAUCGGCGGCCAGGGCACGACGUCGGGAGCGGUUCAGAGCAUCAUCUCCCACCUGCCCCGCUCCUGAGACCCCCGGGACCCCCCCUGGGACCCCCCCGGGACCCCCCCAGAACCUCCAGGAGACCCCCAGGACCCCAAACCCCCCCUGGACCUCACACCCGGCACCGCAGGGACCCCCCAAAAGCACCCCCAGGACCACGAUGAGCACCAAGGGACCCCAACACACAUCAGGACCCCCAAAACACCACCGGGAUUCCCCAGGAUCACACAAAAAACACCCCCAGGACCCCCAAAAACACCCCCAGGACCCCCCAAAACACCCCCAGGACCACAAAAACACCCCCAGGACCACAAAACACCCCCAGGACCCCAAGAACACCCCCAGGACCCCCCAAAACCCCCCCAGGACCACAAAAACACCCCCAGGACCCCAAGAACACCCCCAGGACCCCCAAAAACACCCCCAGGACCACAACAACACCCCCAGGACCACACACAAAGAGUUCCCGGGACCCCAAAACACCUCUGGGACACCCCAGGACCCCUCAGGACCACACAGCCAACACCCCUGGGACCCCCAAACCACCCCCAGCACCCCAAAACACCUCUGGGACCUCACAGGACCACACAGAACACUCCAGGGACCCCAAAAAACACCCCAGGACCACCACAAACCCUCACAGGACCCCAAAAAACACCCCAGGACCACCACAAACCCUCACAGGACCCCAAAAAACACCCCAGGACCACCACAAACCCUCACAGGACCCCAGAGCCCCCCCAGGACCACCCCAAUUCCCCCCAGGACCCCAAAAAACACCCCAGGACCACCCAAACCUCUCCAGGACCACCCCAAACCCUCACAGGACCCCAAAUAA